AUGUCGCCUCCAUCCUCCGUACCCGAACAGUACCGUCCCUCCUACCUGCCCCCGCAGAUCGCCAACCAAAGGCAGGAGGAUCUGCCCGGGAAGCAAGACCCGAUGGACCCCGCACCGCUCGACGAUGUCAUGGCGGAUGGGACAAAGUACAAGGCGGCUGGCAAGCUCGAGGGCAAGAGGGCGGUCGUGACGGGUGGAGACAGUGGGAUUGGCAGGGCGGUCGCGAUUCUCUAUGCCCUCGAGGGAGCCUCCCUCUUCAUCCACUACCACCCCAAGGAGCAGACCGACGCCGACAACGUCAAGGCGUACAUUGCCAAGGUCGCUCCGAACGCUGCGGUCGAGCUAUACGCCAAGGAUCUGGCAACUGAGUCGGCGUGUCUGGAGAUGGUCGAGGAGGUCAAGAAAUGGAGCAAGGGAGAGCUGCAUGUUCUGGUGAACAACCAUGCUACCCAGAACGAGGUGCCCGCCAUUGCUGAUCUCGAGUCCGAGCAGUGGAGGCACGUCUUUGACGUCAACAUCCACUCCUUCUUCUACCUCACCAAGAACCUCAUUCCGAUCAUGCCCUGGGGCGCCAGCAUCAUCAACAACGCCUCGAUCAACCCGUUCAAGGGUCACCCCAAGCUCCUCGACUACACCGCUACCAAGGGAGCCAUCGUCGCCUUCACACGAGGGCUGUCGAACCAGAUCGUGCAGGAGAAGGGUAUCCGUGUCAACGCUGUUUGCCCUGGUCCCAUCUGGACGCCUCUGGUCAUCGCCACCAUGGGGAAGGACUCGCUCGAGGACUUUGGACCAUCCACGCCCAUCGGCCGAGCCGGUCAGCCCGUUGAGGUUGCUACCGCCUUUGUCUUCCUCGCCAGCGUCGACAGCUCGUACUUUACUGCUCAGUGCUUCCACGUCAACGGCGGAGCUGCGUACUAG